UCUUAGCAGAUUGAGUGAAAACAGCUGUUGCAGUGAGAGUAGUUGACUGUUGAGUAUUGUGUUAGUGUGCGGUGAGAGAAGUAUAUUUUGAAUUUAGGUUGUGGUUGUGUAACAAGUGUAAACAGAUGACAAAAUGACCAGUACAAAUUCGAGAGAAGUUAAAUAUAUUUACCAACUACCGUACUAUGAACACAAAGAGCUGUGCCGUUUGUUGGAUCACAAUGACAAGUGGGAAGAGCUUGGUGGAAAACAUAUGAAUUUUGACAUGAUGACAAUCCAUGAAUUACGGAGAUUUUUUGUAAGAGGUUUGUCACCUUCUGAGGAACUGCUCAACAGAUGGGGUCACCAAAACCAUACUAUACUGGAACUGUUUGCUCUGCUGUCAAAAAUGUGUUACUACAGAGCAAUGAUGAUCUUGAAACCAUUUGUUGAUCCACAGUACCAUCACUUUAUAUAUGAAGGAGAGCAGUUUCUGGACUUAACUGAACGUGCCAAGUACUUGGAGGAAUUAAAAAACAAUAAAUCAAAUGUGCCAGUCUUAUCACCUUCUGUUGUUCCUCAAGCAAAUUCCAGUGUUGCAGACAAGGACUUGCAUGUUGGAAUUCAUAACCUGAAUCUUCCAUCUGAGGCAGCUAGGAGGCCUGCAUCCAAACUUAUCUUCCCACCUACCACUUCAUCCUCAGAAGCCAAAGCACCAAACACAGUGGUGCAACGAACAGAACAAUCAGGAAACAUCUCCAAUGACAACAAUGAGUAUGCUACUGUGGAAGCAGGUGCUGUCAAUGCUGGCAGCCCAGCUGUGAACACGCCUGCUGCACCUGAAGUUGCUGCAGCAGCUGAGCCAGAGAAUAAGGACAGCAAUGUUCCAGGGAUAAAUACACAGCGCAAAAUGUCCAAUGCUUCAGAUGUGUCAUCAAUUGCUGAAUCAUGUGGCACCAUACCUGAUAUUCCAUACAAAGAGCUGAUGGUUGCUACAAACGGUUGGGACAAACAUACAAUUCUUGGAAAGGGUGGAUUUGGCACAGUGUUUAAAGGAAUAUGGAAAAAUACACCUGUAGCAAUCAAAAGACUUGAACAGAGAACAGAAUCUGAUGAGAGUUACCAGGCUCAGAUCGAGCAAUCAUUGCGUGAGCUGAGAGUUCUGAAUGCAUGCCGACAUGACAACAUAUUACCUAUUUAUGGCUUCAGCAUGGGUGGAGAUGAGCCUUGUCUUGUGUACCAGUACAUGCCUAAUGGAUCUGUUGAAGAUCGUCUUCUUUGUCGAAAUGGCACUCCUCCACUGUCAUGGGAUCAGCGUCACAAUAUUGCUGAAGGGACAGCAAGAGGUCUUCAGUUCUUGCACAACAACAAAAAACCAUUUAUCCAUGGUGAUAUAAAGAGUGCCAACAUACUACUGGAUACCAACUUUGAACCGAGGAUUGGUGAUUUUGGGCUUGCACGUGAUGGUCCACAGGGUCAUUACACUCACAUGAAAGUGAGCCGAGUCCAUGGUACCCGCCCCUAUCUGCCUGAUGAAUUCCUGCGUUCAAAACAAAUUUCCACAAAGGUUGAUACAUACAGUUUUGGAAUUGUUCUCUUUGAGCUGGCUACUGGUCAAAGAGCAUACGAUGAGUCGAGGCAGAAAAAAUUUUUGAAAGACCAUGUGGAGGCAUGUGAAGAUCAACAGAUCCUCACAUUAGCUGAUAGGAAAGCAGGCCCUUGUGAUCAGGCAACAUUUCUAGAACUGGUGGAGCUGGGCAAAUUGUGUGUCCGCAAGCGUGCAAAAGAUAGACCUGAAAUGGAGGAAGUAUUGAAGCAGCUUGAAGGCAUGUCUAAUCGAAGACGUAUUGCAUCACGUGCUCAGAAUAUGGUUCGCCAGUUGACACCUUCAACCCCUUACGAGUUGCAACUCCUGCACGACAUCUGCAGCCAACAGCGCCGCAUGUCCAGCCCGUCAGCCAGUCCUGCUGCUUCCCCUCAGCCGUACGCCGUGCCUGAUUUGACCCAUGGAGCUCCAAACUUGCCUUUUAUUUCCCCACUGUAUCACCUCCAGCAGCAGCAGCAGCAACAGGUGUUACCACAGCAACAGCAGAUUCCUGGGGGAUUGGCAUCUCCUGUGCUGCCCAACAAUCGAUUUUUUGAUGUGGUCAGUAAUGGGAAUGCCCAAAAAAUGAAUGUGCAUCCUGAGGAUGAAAACAGACUAGUGUACAAUAUUCAGAGGAAUGUACCAUCUCCUCUUCCUUAUGAAGGGAACUUCAAUAAUAUUGUUGAAACAGCUGUUCCAAAUGAAAUGAAAUUGAAUGGUGUUGUUGACUCAGUCAUCCUCAAUACACCCAGGAAGCAAAAUGUCCACCCCAAUGGUGGUGGCAGUAUAAAUCCAUUUCAGAUGAAUAGUUUGCAGAAAGCAGUGAAUUUAGUUGCAAAUGGUGCAGCUGAUAAUUUGAAUAUUGAUGGGCAAAUUCUGAAUUUGCCUAGUCAUCCAACUGUGCUUCCUAGCUUGAUUAAGACAUCUGCAGAGUCUGUUGCAUCACACCUUGGACAAAAUGACUUUGGACUGCCAUUGACAAUUACAGCUGCUGCACCACUGAUAGCCGUUACACCACCAACAGCCAGCUCUUUCUCCAAGCAUAUACCAGUUGCCGAAGAAUCCCAAAGUCAAAAUAACAGUAAAUCAGAAAAGGAAGAAGAGAGGGAUGCUGUGCUAGUAGUGAACAAUUUUGCACCUGGAGAGGCAAGUGUUGGUGGCCUGCCGUUACUCUCUGCACUUGGAAUUAAGAGUGCAGAUAACAUCAGAAGUGACAGUAACAAUGCAGACAGUUCCAGUGUUAAUGAAAGUACAGACAUGUUGUGAUAACACUGCCGUAAUAACAUACUGAACAUCUUUCCAUAACUGUUAAUAGUAUGUAUUUGACAUUUAUGCAGCAGAUUCCAUUUGUUAAUAUUAAUAUUAAAUUUAAUUUUUCAGAGAAUGUAGAGGCUUGUCCUAUUUAAGUAUAAUGUAUGAACCAUACAUAAAGGUCAACAUUUUAAUGUGAUGAAGGAUCAGGACUAGUUUUAUUCCACCAAUUUCUGAUAUUUCGACUCAGUUUUAGGCUAUCAUUGCCUGCAUGAUGAGAGAUAGCUAGAGGGGUGCUAAUCAGUCAACCAGCAUUUACAAAUUUUGUCACUUUAAUGCAGAUUUAUGGAAGGUGGACAGAAUCUUCUGGACACUAAGAAACAAGCUUUCAUAUAGAAACUCUUAAGCACAUGCAACGGAAAUCAGUGGGCUCAAGGUAGUUUUGUAUAGUACCGUGUUUUCCCUCUGUGCCUUCAUUUUACUUGGCAGCUUUAAGCUAAAAAUGAAUUGUCAUGAAGUUACUAUGUGAAUGGUUAGCUAACCAUGUUUUCUCCCCAAGCAUUCAUUUAGUCCUGUGACAUGUUAGUUCUCAUACUUGGCACCAUAAAAUUUGGAUGAAAUGUUGGUGAUUUUCAUAGUAUAGAAAUUAAUAUAGUUUCACUGUUCACACCCAUAGCUGAGUGGUCAGCAUCAUGGAUUGCCAUCCUAGGUGCCUGGGUUCGAUUCCCGGCUGGCUCGGGGAUUUUCUCCGCUCAGGGACUGGUUGUUGUGUUGUCUUCAUCAUCAUUUCAUCCCUAUCCUGUGCGCAGGCCGCCCAGUGCGGCAUCGGAUGUAAUAAGACCUGCACCAAGGCGGCCGGACCUACCCCGCAAGGGGCCUCCCGGCACAAUGACGCCAAAUGCUCAUUUCCAUUUUCACUGUUCACAGUUUACAAAAUUUGAAAUUAAUCUAUCUGGAAACUGUAUCUGUGAAUUUUGUUGUAAUUGUCUGCUGUUUUUCCCUUAACAGUUUCUGAGGGGGCCAUCUCAGAAGCAGAGAAUGUAACUUUCACUUGCAUAAUGACAAACCUGUCUCGUCAUGUUUUGCAUUGUAAGUACCAAGAUUGAAAAUGAUUUGCAGAAUUACUGAAAGCUCAAAUGUCUCUAGUAAUUGAAGCAGUAAUUGUUUCUCCAAGGUGAAGUUGUUGUUGGUGGCUGUUAUGUACUGGGAACCAUAUAAUCACUUAUUUUUCACAAAAGCCUCAAAACAUGAUGGAAAAAAAGAAAGAAAUCUGAUAAUGGCUCUGUUUCUACGCUACAGUAUCAUUUGAUCAUAAAUCAAAUUAAAUUUUUAUCAUUAUGUGCUUCAUAGAAGCAAAGAUACAAUUUUGUCAAUUCUAUCACUACAAACAGGCUAAUGAAAUUAACAUCCCUUAAACUUCCAAGCUGAUAGACUGUGCACAUCUUCAGAGCUAAAGUUUACAUUGUACAGUAAAAUUAAUCUAAAGUUAUAA